UAUUCAUAAAUUAAACUGCAACUCAUUUUUGCUUGCUCGUGCUGCCGAGUGCAGUUGCAAUCAUGGCUGAUCGAAAGAAGGAGCAAAGUGCGGCUGUCAAGCUGUACUUGAUCCUCUACAACUUAGCACAGUUUCUCGGGUGGUUCUACAUCUUCGUCCAGUUUGUGCUGCACUUCUUCGUCGAAAGCAAACCCAGAGAAGCCCUGUGGGCUCGAGUCGGUUCGGCGGUGUACUUUUUCCAAGUGAUUUCAUUCCUCGAGUUCUUCCACGCUCUGUUCCGGCUCGUCCCAAGUAAUGCACUCAUCACGCUGGCGCAAGUUUUCGGACGCAGCAUGGUGGUGGUGGCGGCCAUCGAUGCGACCCCCACUGGCAAGCUGUCCCCGGGCGUUCCGCUGUGCGUGUUCUGCUGGAGUCUGGCGGAAACCAUCCGGUACAGCUACUACUUGAUGCACCUGGCGCUGGCGCGGGUUCCACGCUUCAUGACCUGGCUCCGGUACACCAUGUUCAUUCCGCUGUACCCGGGCGGAUUUAUCGGCGAGCUGUUGAGCGUUUACUGGGCCCAGGACUACAUCGGCAGCACGGACAUGUGGAGCGUGGCGAUGCCGAAUCGCUACAAUUUUACCUUCUCGUUCUACUACUUCACCUGGAUCAUGGCGCUCGGCUAUCUGCCGCUCUUUCCGCAGAUGUACCUGCACAUGUUUGGCCAGCGCAGGAAGGCACUUGGUGGCGGUGCCGAACGUCACGCCAAGGUCAAGUGACUGCCGCUGAGCGGCGGGGAUUUGAGCGGGCGAUUAAAUAAUGUUUGAAUGAUACGCUUUUGGUUUGAAA